AUGGCUGGUUCACCCGAUAAAACCAGUAGCCAGCAGGACAAAGGUUGGACGCCGCUGAUGUGCGCUGCAGAGUCCGGCGACAUCGACACGCUUACAGCCCAUGUCACUGAUAGUCGCGAUAUCGACAUCGACGCACGCGACUACGAUGGCUGCACGUCGUUGGCAAUAGCUGCCGAAAAGGGGCGUACCGCUGUGGUAGAAAGACUGCUUGAACACGGCGCCGAACCCAACUUGAGCGACCUCGACCAGAUCACUCCGUUGCGGCAGGCCGCUCGGUAUGGCCAUGCUUCUGUCGUGCAACUUUUAUUAACGAAUGAGAAGUUGUCGGAUGUUAACCAGCGACCUGCCCAAAAGUACAAGCUAGAGACACCCCUCUCCAUUGCGAUCAAGAAGGGCCAUCAAGAGACAGCAGAGCUACUAUCGCGCGCAGAUGGCAUCAAUCCGUGCCUAACAACUGACCUGAACAAGGGGUCUUGGGAAGAAAUCAGCAUACUGGGCCUUGCUAUUCGUGGCGGAUUCGAGGACAUGGCAUUAUCUCUGCUGGAUAAAUGUGAUAUUGGGCACGACUCUCGAGACACUAUUGAGCCUGCCUCGAAGCUCCUAGUUUUCGCUGUCGCCGCUGGAUGCCCUAGGAUUGUUCAAGAGCUUUUGACCAAGCACAGUCCCGAUGGAAAGAUUGAGGUUGGCUAUAGAAAUGAAAAAGGGCGCACUGCUCUUUCAUUUGCGGCCGAGAGGGGCUUUGAGGCUGUGGUGGACGAACUGCUGGCAACCGGAGCCGCCGAUCCAAACAGCCGAGAUUCCCGCACGAGAACACCGCUUAUCUGGGCAACAAAUCCAGGGUGGAGAUAUCGUCCUGGGGGUUGGCAGUCGCACGAGGGCGUGACACGCAAGCUGCUGGCUGAUAGGCGGAUUGCUGUUAAUGCUAAGGACUCAACUGGCCGUACGGCACUAUUAUACGCGGCUCAAGAUGGCGCUUUAGGACUCGUCACGACUCUUCUAGAGCACCCUCAGAUCGACCCAACGGCUGGGCCCGAGGACAUGCCUCCGUUGUUGGAAGCUUCACGUGGUCACGCGGACGUGGUUCAGGCGUUGCUAAGUUCAGGGCGGGUCGACGUGAAUACCGUCAUGGCUCGUGGGUAUGAAAGAACAGCACUAAUGGCUGUGGUCGAAUACGGUGAAGUCGAAUACAAAGGUGCGACUGAAGUGUUGAUAUCCACCUCCGGUAUCGAUGUGAACUUCCAGGACAGGGAUGGUAGGACAGCUUUGAUGCUGGCUGUCUCUGGAGGGACGGUGGGAAUGGUUAAGCAGAUUUUGGCUGCAGGAGGCGAUCCAAACAUGCAGGACAGCAACGGAAACACUGCUCUGAGGAUCAAGCCUGAUCUCCCGAACAACAUGGGGCGGACAGCACUUUCGCUGGCCGCAGAGGUUGGCGAGAUCGACUGCAUCAAUGCCCUUCUCGCCAGAGACGACGUCAAUCCCGAUUCAAGGGAUAUUAAUGGACGAGGGCCGCUUUCAUGGGUUUUCGGAGAGGUGCGGCUGCUAAGGAUCCCAAACAUCGACCCUAAUGCCGAGGACCAUGAUGGCUUUACUCCGCUGCUUCUGGCCAUAAUAUCUGACCAAGGUCAUGAGAUCAUAGAACAAAAAGAGUCUGAAGUCGGCGGUUCACCCCCAUAUGUAGCCUUGAGCUAUGUAUGGGGAAAGCCAAAAGGCAAUCAACAACCAUCACAACGGCAAAAGCACCCAGAAGAUCUGGACGGAAAGGGAGGUGGUACAGUGGAACCAGCCAUCGAGGAUGCCAUCCAGGUGACACUAGAGUUGGGCUACAGAUACCUGUGGGUGGACCGGUAUUGCAUUGUGCAGACAGGUGACGAGGCUAUCAAGCAGGAGCAGCUACGACAUAUGCACCUCGUUUAUGCGAAUGCAGAGGUGACUCUGAUCGCAGCAGCUGGUGAAGACUCAUCAGCUGGUCUACCUGGCGUCCCAGGGCGCCCGAGGAACCAGCAACCAGGCGCUCUUAUCCAGGGCCACGCUGUGAUAUGCAUCCCUCCAGAUCCCUCCCUCCACAUACGCUCCAACUCGACCUGGGACACUCGGGGAUGGACAUAUCAGGAGGGACUACUAGCAGGCCGCCGUCUUUACUUCUCAGAAUAUGAGAUAUCUUAUGAGUGCCGCCAUAUGCUUUGCCGCGAGGCCAUACACUUGCCUCGUGGCUUGGAACAAACUAUAUAUGGAGAUAAGCCGCGCUUUAUGGAGUCUUUUUGGAUGUACCAGUCUUGA